GGCUUGUCACGUGGUUUUGUUUGGUCGCCAUAUUGCUGGGCAAGGGAAGGAAGAUCGCGAGUUUGCGAGGAUAUAUCGGCGAAGGAGUACGUCGCAUCCCUGUGACAGUACUAAGUGGUGAUAGUUAUGAGCGACGAAGACAGAGAUGUGGAUAUCGAAAGUGAUGAGGAGGAUGAAGAUGAUGAUGGAAUAAACAGUCUCUCAGGCAGCGGAGCUGGCUCCUCUCAGCAGUAUUUUUCACAGGCUGAAAAGCGUGCCCACCAUAAUGCAUUGGAACGCAAACGAAGGGACCACAUUAAGGACAGUUUCCACAGCCUCCGUGAUUCUGUCCCUUCACUGCAGGGAGAAAAGGUGUCACGGGCUAUGAUUCUUAAAAAGGCAGCAGACUACAUCCAAUUCAUGAGACAGAAAAAUCAAGGUCAUCAACAAGAUAUUGAAGAUCUCAAAAGACAGAAUGGCAUGAUGGAACAACAAAUUCGAGCACUGGAAAAAGCAAAGGUCACAGGACAGUUUGCAAGUCAGUCUAGUGUUGAUUUCAAGUCCAAAUUCAUUGGACAUUCAUCAGAUUCUGAAACUUCUGAAGAUGACUCCAGUGGAUCCCGCAGGAAGAAAGUCAAGACAGCUAAUAGCUAACUUCAAUGGCAGAGCUUUCAAUUUAUUCAAUCUAGCUUCAUUGUGUAUGUUAAGGAUUUUCUGGAUAAAAUGUUAUGGUAGUACUUUUGUCUCUUGAGAGAUAGGGCAUGGUGGUGAAUGUGUUUGAGCAUUUCUGUAUGCUUUGUACUAACCAAACCUCAUAACAAGUCCCAACUUGGGAUAUUAUGAGAUGUAUAUAUGCUUGUGAUAGAGGUAGGGGUCUCUGUGCAUGUGUGCAUAGGUGUGGGUGUGCAUCUGGUUAAUGAAUGCAAGCUUUUGUGUACAAUUAGUGUGUGAAAAUAAAGAGGACCCAUCUGGAACCAAG